CCCACCUUUCCCUCCUGUCCAUCACCAUCUCUCUCUCUCUCUCUCUCUCUCAACCUUCUUUGGUGUAGCAGAAGAAGCCAUGUCUGAUGAGGCAUCUGCAACACCAACUCCUUCGCUCUGGUCCACCAUGAACAGCUGGUUCACCCCUCCUGUUCUCUUCCUGCUGCUAAACCUCGUGAUUGGCACCAUUGCCAUCACUUCACAGCUUGGUUCUUCUCACGGAAGUACUCAUGAACACCAAAAAGAUCAUCAAGAACACGAUACCCAAAAACACCCACCAGCCCCACCCUUUGCUAGACCUCCCUCCAUUUUCCAGAGGCUCAAGUCCAUCAUCUUCUUCUGGAGCAAACCCCAAGAACAGCCCACCUGGCCCACUCCUAUGAAAGGCCCUGAAAUGGAGACCCAGCACCACCAAUUCUUUCGAGAACCAGAGCAUGAACAGAGACAAGAACAAGAACCAGAACAAGAGCAAGAGCAAGACAAUCCAUCUCGCUUUGCUAGAUCUCCUUCCAUGCCCCGAAAGCCCAAGCCCUCUGGCCUCUACAGCCACAUAGUGAUAGAACCGACUGGACCACCCACUCCAAUCCCAACUGGGAAUGCUAAUUACCCAAAUUCAGAGCCAGUCACUCACAACAGUUUUCGGCAAGAACAAGCACAGGCACAAGAACAGGAGGAACAAGAAGAUGAUGGUGCCGAUGAAGCUGAGAGUGGAGUGGCAAUGAAUAGGCUGCCCAGAAACAUGAGGAGAUCUGCAAGUGUAAAGUACCCGUUUGUGCAUAUCGAUGAAGAAGAUGAAGAAGAAGAUGGAGAUUUCCUCGAGAGACGCCGUCCGGCGAGCGCGAGAGAAGCAAAGGGUAAAGUCAGUGGCCAUAUGGAUGAGGAGGUUGAUGCCAGGGCCGAUGACUUCAUCAACAGGUUUAAGCAGCAACUGAAGCUCCAGAGGAUGGACUCCGUUGCCAGUCAAAACGGAGGAGAUCACAGUUAGCAGAUUACUAGAGUGGCCUGACUUUGAUCAGUAUGGUGUGUUUAAGGCCUUUUAAGAUGUACAUCUUUUUGUACUCCUUUUGAACUCUUUCGUAUAUGAUCCUUCUUAGCCAGUGUUCUUCUGAGAUGGCGUACGUUAUAUCGUGUAAUAAUACAAAGUUGAAUCAAGAAGAAAAGCAGGAGAAAGAUUAUUGUUUGCAGAAA